UGGACCUGGGCGGAGAUUGGAACCGGCGCGCAUGAAGACGUUUGAAACCGGCGCAGCCAUUCGUAUCGUCUCAAAGCAUGGUGGCCACGUUCUUGGAGUUGCUGCAGAUCUGGCUGCUUUGGGCCGCUGUUGGGCCACUGUUGGGCGUGCACUCGCAGACGGUCGACACGGUGGGCGAGCGAGCGUGGGAACUCUUUGGCCUUGUAAAUGAACUCAGGGCUCAGGGCUUCACGUGUCCCAAGGGGAGCGUCUUCGCCGCGAACUCCGAGCCCUUGAAGUUCGACUGUCGCCUUUGGCGGGCCUCGAAGUUCCACUCGGAGGAGAUGGCCAGCGAGGGCUACUUGAAUCAUACUUCCUUGGAUGGUCGCAGCUAUGAAGACCGGGCCAGAGGGCAAGGGAUCAGUGCGGACGGCGAGAACCUCGCAGAAGGUCUGAGUUCAGCUUCAGCUAUCCUGCAACAGUGGAAGGACUCAGAUAGACAGUGCAGAAAGAUGAUGAAUCCCAAUUUCCGUGUGGUAGCCAUAGGCUAUGCCUCCAAAGGGCAUAGGCACGCUUGGACUCAGAUGCUCAAGACAACGGAUGUCGACCUUGAUGUGUCUUGCUAUCCCAACGCGACCACGACGUUUGUGUCCGAAAGCUCAACCACGACGGAUUCCACGACCGUCAGUACGGUCACCACAACGGUGACGGGUGCUGCCACGACGGAUUCCACGACCGCCAGUACGGUCACGACAAUGGUGACGGGUGCUGCCACGACGGAUUCCACGACAGGCAGUGGGUCUGAGGCCACGGGAAGCAGAUCAACUUCGAGAAUCUCAGAUGAGCCAGGGACAUCCUUUGCAUCCUCCACGGGAGUUGAAACAACCUCCAUGGGGGGACUUAUCGCCACUUCCAGCACAGCAACCGGAAGUCCAAGCAGCACGAGCCAGAGUGAAACCAGCAUCUCCCAUGUGAAUGAUUCCACACAGCCAGUGGUUGAGGAAGGGCCGACCACCACGACUGCAGCUCUGGAAUCGAUUGAGGGCAAGCUGGUUUUGGAAGUGUCUGAUCCUGAACGUUUCCUUGCUGCAUCUAUGCAGCUGCAAGGACCCUUGAAGUCCUUCUUGUCGGAGUUGCUGGAGAUCAAUGCGAGUCGCGUGGCCAUUUCCUCCAUGUCGCCGCUGGACCCGCUCGGGGUCCAGCUCCGUGGAGGGCGGCGGCUUGGGCUCCAAGUGCGGCGAUUGAUGGCGGGCAUGGCUGUGGACUAUGUGGUGCAAGUGGAGGGACAGAAAGUGGAAGAGGUGAUCACACUGCUUGAAAGCGGAAAUUCCACCAGGAGAAGUGUGCUGCAGGCCACUCUGCAAGACGAUCUUGCUGAGAUGAACAUGACAGUGAAAGUCGUUGACGUUCAGGUGCUACAGACAUCCUUGGAGAAGUUAGUAGACCAAGCUGCCAUAAACCAUUUAAUGGCUUCAGUCUUGCUUCCCACUCUCAUCGGUGCAGCUGGUGGAGCCGUUUGCGGUCUCUGUAUUUGGGGCUCUGUGUUUUUCCUGUGUCUGAGAAGGCCCAAGGAGGGGAAGAAGAAGACGAAGGGGAAGACAAAGCUGCCCCAUGAUUUGCCGGUCAUUCAUGGCCACUUGAACGCUGGAGUUCCCCCGAAAAUCCGCUCUUCCAAGACUGACCAGACCAUGGACAUGUCCACGAAGAGCAUAACGAGCACAAUUGAGCGGCAGAUGUCGACUGACGCCCAGUCUCUAUCGUCUCUCCAUAUAGAGAGAGGCUUUUAGGGUCGGGGUAGCCGAGAUGUCGAUGCGUCCGGAGGCUGUUUGAGCCUCCCACUUUUCAAUCUCUGCAUGGAACCGCACACUUGCAUUGUCCCGUCACGAGCAAGCAGUUUGCAGAAGGAUUCACUUGUUCAGUGCAAAGGCCAGUUCCAUGUGGAUUCCUUUUCUGCUACGGAAGAACGAGCAUGCUCGUUGUGCAUCACUCGCCCUCCCGAGACCAUCGGAGCAAGUCCUUUGAUCAUGUUGCUCUGCUGUACAGCACACCUCAGACUGCUGGAGGACCAAGUACAGUCGGCUGCCAUGGCCGAAUCCGUGUGAUCGC